CGCGGCUGCCAGGCAUUCACUUCCGCAAAAUAUUACGGACUGGUACAACUCCGCAGCAGGAAUGGAGCUCCCACGGAUGCACGCAUUUCUCAUGGCCCUCGUCUUCACAUGCGUCAAGGCAGCGACGAAAGACGUUGACAUGGGGUCCCACUGCGGCCCACUUGGAAACGGGGUGGAUGUUUCAGACUCAGAUGCUGGAGACCUGUUCUGGGAUAACUACCCCAACUCAGAAGACUGUAUGGUUACGCUGGUAGCGGCUGUAGGCAAGCGGAUUUUUCUACAGUUUACAGACAUCCAUAUUGAGGGAACUAGUGGCUUUUACGGCUGCUCAGAUGUGCUGUAUGUUAAGAGCGGCUCUUAUGGAGGCAACUUCUAUCCUGAUUCAACCUGGGAGACGGUUUGUGGAACGUCCCAUCCUGAUUUUGAUGCACACAACCGUCAUGUGACCCUCAAGCUCAUCAGUGAUGCGCACAGCACUGGACACAUCCGCAUUCGCUACACAGUUUACCACUCCGCACAUUAUGAUGGCUGUGACCAGUACACAUGCGUCUAUAACGACAGGUGUAUAGACGACAGUCUGAUGUGUGAUGGUGUCAACCACUGCGGAGAUGACAGCGAUGAGGAAGAUUAUUACAAUGGCGGCUGUGGGGUUGUAAAGCACAGAAAGAUGGUGAAGAUCAUUGGAAUCAUUGCAGGCUGUGUGGGUGGACUGAUCCUCAUCAUUGCAGUCAUUUGCAUCUGUUAUAGAAGGAAUAAAAGACCUGCAACGACAACAUCUGGUGUUCCCAUGGCAACGGUACCUCAGACAGCCAAUAGGGGACCAGCACAGGUGUCAGAAGGCAGGUCCUACUCACCACCACCAGCAUAUGAUGAAGUGGUGAAGUCUUCACCUCCCAGGGACAGUGGAAAUGCUGUGGUAUAGAAAGGCUAUAGUGUCCUUGGGUACAGACAUGUAUGAUUCAAGAAAUGUAGUCGCAAGAAUGCCAGUUUUAAAACCUUGUUUGCUGUGACAUUUGUAAAAUAAGAGAUUAUUAAUUUAUCGCUUGAAAUAAGUGUAUGUAUUGGUGCCAUCUUUCUUAAAUGUACAACACAAUCCAGCAAGAGUAAUACAUAGUAGUAUGUUUUAUAAAUCUCUAAAGUACAUGUACGCGAUAUUUUGUAUUAUGAAUGUUAUAUAUUUUACUUUUGUUGAUUCUCAUUGGCUGUACAUAUCUGACUGUAACGUUACAUAGUCAUAGCUCGUUAAUUGACAAUGUGACUCUAAAUACAGGUAGUUUCUGUUGAGUUAAGAUAUCAAUUGAAACACAGAGGCUUUGAUGACAAAACACACUACAGCUUAAUCUGAGAGUUUGAGCCAUGAAAGACGUCCAGUAUUGUAGAAUGCUGUGUUCAUUGGUAAUUAUUUUUAUGCUGUUGCUAUUGUUGUUGCUGAUGAUGUUUUUGAAACACAGAAGAGCUUUUAAAUAAGUGAUAGAAAAUUCUAUGAAAAAAUGCUGCAUGUAUAUUGGAUUCGAAAAUAAUGUUAAGAUUAUGAAGAUUUAAAAUGAUGAAACACAGUUGCAUAUCUUUAUGUAUUUUUGUAGAUUACAGAACCACAUAUGCAUUAUCUGCAUGUCCUUUGGAAUUGUCUUAUUACUAAUGUCAAAUUUUAAGGUCAACAAGUGUUUUUCUAGCCUGGUAUCCAAACGAGUCCUAUUUACUCUCUAUUUGCGAGAGAACAAAAGAGACUCAGCAGCUAAAUUAUGUUUGGAUGCCAGGCUACUAGUGUUAAGGUGACAUGCUUUUUUUGUACGGUUUUGUAGAGAAAAAUUCAGAAAUAGUUUUUAAUGAGCUUAGGUUUGAAAAGAAUGUGAUUACAUGUAUUUUUACUUGGGUUCAAAGUAAUUGUCUUGUCUACUGAAAUAAUUUAAGAUGAUCUGAAUGAUCUUCUUGAUAACUUGAUGGUAUUUUCAUGUAAGAUGAUUUGAUGUGAAAACUGUGAAACAUUAUACAAGUAUUAUAACAUAUGCGACAAAUCAUUGUUCACCCAAGGGUAAAGAUACAAACUGCAGUAGCAACAGUUUGCGUGCACGGUCCAAAAGCGCCCAGAAGCGAAUAAUUUACAAAGUACACUGCUGAAUAUUGCUGGUUUACAUGAUUGGCAUCUGGUCGGUUUCGCGUCUCUGUGUGCAUGUUAUCAACAGUAAAUACAGAUAUAUCUCGUUA